AUGGGCUCCACCGCUGUUGAAUUCAAGAACCCCGCCACCACCACUCUUCUUGAGUUGGUCAAGUCUCGCCGCACAUACUAUGGCCUCAAGGGCGAGAGCCCCAUCUCUGAUGAUGCCAUUGAGCGCAUUGUUGAGGACUCCGUUCUCCACGUCCCCAGCUCUUUUAACACACAGACCUCCCGUGUUGUCCUUCUCCUGAAGGAGGAGCACAAGAAGGUGUGGGAUAUCGCUAUCCGUGCCAUGGAGGGUCUCGUUGCCGCUGGUCACAUUACCAAGGAGUCCUUCGAGACUGCCACCAAGCCUAAGCUCGAGUCUUUCCGUGCCGCUUACGGAACCGUUCUUUUCUUCGUUGAUUACGAGUCCCUUGCCCCUAUCAAGGAGAAGUUCGCCAUCUACGCCGACAAGUUCGACCCCUUCGCCCUGGAGUCCAACGCCAUGUCUCAGUACCUUGUCUGGCUCGCUCUUGAGUCCGAAGGCUUCGGUGCCAACCUGCAGCACUACAGCCCUCUGAUUGAUGCCGAGAUUACCAAGACCUGGGAUCUCCCCGCCUCUUGGAAGUUGGAUGCCCAGCUGGUCUUCGGUACUCCCACUUCUGAGGCCGGUGAGAAGGCUUUCCAGCCUCUUGAGACCCGCCUGAAGGUCUUCGGCAAAUAG